AUGAUCUGCCUCAGCCUGCUGGUGGUGUGUGCUCUGCAAGGGACAUGGGCGCGGACUGUGGGUCUAGGACUAGACAAGGACGUGGGUGUGAAGGUGCAGGGUGGGCCCAGGGAGCAUAACAUCGGGGAGUUACUGGUGGAGGGCCUCAAGGAUGUCCUGAAAGCGAACUUUACCGGAGACUUCGACGCUGGGAUAGAACCGAAGUCGCUCGUUGCCGCGACUAAACAGUUCGUUACGGAAUUACGAGAGUGGAUCAAAGAUGAAGAGGAAGGCAGACACUUCAAGCGCCACAAGAUGAUGGCCCGCAUGGCUCUGUGGAUGAAGACACUUCUGUUGGGUGUUGUGCUGCCCGGUGCAGUGGCUGUGGCUUUGUUUGCAGCCUGGAAGGGAAUCACUCUUAGCCUUAUGGCUCUUUUGUUGGCCGGCAUCAUUGGCAUAAAAGGCCUUGUUGCUUCAGCGUCCAAGGGGGCGGCAGCGCCGCAGCACGUGGUAGUCUCAGGGCUACCCAGCCAUCAUCAUCACCAGUGGCGGAGGGAGCAGCCACCAGAGGCUGGGGGAUGGAGUGACUCAGCACAACACAUCGUGUACCGCGCUUACACAUCAUGAACUUCACACAUCAGCGAUCAGCAACACGUUAAUGACUGAC